AUGUGGAGUACAAUAUAUAUUGUUGCAGGCACAAUUGUCUGUGGAUGCCUCAAUUCUUUGCUUACCAAGUAUCAAGAUAACCAGUGCGUCAGGAACUGUUCUAAUCCAGAUGUCUCCACCCAUAAAAUGUUCGAGCAGCCAGCCAUUCAAACCCUCCAAAUGUUCAUCGGUGAACUAGCAAUAUAUCUUGUUUACUAUCUUCUUUAUGUAUCUUCUUUCUCCAAGAGGUCUCAAUACACCUCGGUCGGUGAGCAACCCAAGAUUACCACAAGACAAAGCCUUUUGUUGGCAAUUCCUUCUGUCUGUGACAUGUUGGCAACUACCCUUAUGAAUAUCGGCUUAGUUUAUACUCCAGUUUCCAUUUAUCAAAUGACAAGAGGAGCAGUUGUGUUGUUUGUGGCAGUUAUGUCUGUUUUGUUUUUGAAGCGGAGAAUCCGCAAGUUAGAAUGGAUUGCACUCAUUAUUGUCACACUCGGUAUUGCAAUUGUUGGAUAUAGCGGAUCUAAUGCGCCUAUGCAAGCUGAGGAUGCUGUGUUGGUGGCGAUUGGAAUUGGUUUGAUAAUUAUAGCCGUUUCAUUUCAAGCAGUGCAAUUUGUUGUGGAGGAGCGCAUUAUGAGUCGCUUUCACUUUGAGCCAAUGCGUUUGGUCUAUACAGAAGGCUUUUUUGGAGUCGUCAUUUUGGUUGCAGCCCUUGUCAUUUUGAACUUUGUCAUUGGUCUGGUCCAGUCUCCAGAAAAGUUCGUGGAUUCGCCUUUCAACUUGCGCGAGUCUUUUGGUCAAACAUUUGGACUGAAGCAGGUUUUACUCUCGUCGUUGCUUAUUAUGGUUUGCAUAUCAGCUUUCAACUUCUGUGGUAUUACCUUAACCCAUCAACUUUCUGCUACAGCCAGAUCCACGAUUGACAGUUGCCGUACGUUAUUGGUGUGGCUUGUUGCAAUGGUUUUAGGCUGGGAAUCAUUUAGCUUUCUCCAAGCUGUAGGCUUUGUCGUCCUUGUUUUCGGAACAUUGUGUUUCAAUGGCGUAUUGAAACCAGAAGAAUGGAAAUGGAUUCCUACGUGUUUGAAAGAUAAUGUACAUAAAGACGAAAGGUUGAUUGAUGUUGUUGAUGAACCCAUUGACAGAAUGUGA